UACCGAGGACUAUUAACGGUAAACAAAUAGUAAUGAUAAUUAUCGAUUAGUCAUUGGGCCAUGAUGAAUAGUACAGGAAUAUUAACAUAAGUCGAGUGGAAAUUUCGGAACAUUAUUGCAUACUUUUUAUGCGUGCUCUGUACACAUAGAGCUGUACUAUUAUCAACAAUGGCCAUUUAUUUAUAAGCUCUCGGCGAGGAUGAAGUUGCAUAUUGAAGCGUUUACAGGAGUCGUCAUGACCGAUUGAAAUAUUCCAUUAUGCACAUUAACCUUUGAUAGGUGAUAGGUGCUGGUUCACCCACGUUCUAAGUUCCUCGAGCUUUUAACUUGAAUGGGAUGGCAAUGCCCAUAAUUCGCAGUUGCGAUUCGCCCGUCAUUGGGUUAGGAAGUGGUGCUCCUCAAGAAGUCCAACUUUAAAACUCGUCGCACCAGUGCAGACGGCGGCAUUAUGGUGGCGAAAGGAAAUCCGGUGCAAGUCGCAGAUGCAAUUCAGGAAGUUGGAACACGAAAUCAGGAUUUAAAGGACAGCGAGAUUGCGCAAUUCUUUGCCAAUCGGAAUGUCUUAGUUACUGGCGGUUCUGGAUUUUUGGGAAAACUGUUGGUGGAGAAAUUACUAAGAUCCUGCCCGAAUAUAAAAAAGUUGUACAUGUUGAUUCGAGCCAAGAAGGGAAAAUCCCCAGGGGCUCGUUUCAAGGAGCAUUUCGAGGAUGCCUUAUACGACAGGCUGAAGAAGGAGCAGCCGAGAUUUGUGGAAAGAGUCGUGAUGGUGGAGGGCGACGUUGGUGAGAAAUCACUAGGACUGUCCGAUGACAAUUUGAAAGCUCUCCUCGACAUCGACAUCGUUUUCCACAGUGCAGCAACCGUGAAUUUUCACGACACUAUGCGACGAUCCGUCAACGUUAACAUUAGAGGAACGAAACAGCUCCUUCUCUUUGCGAGAAAUAUGAUAAAUCUGAAGGCGUUCGUUCACGUGUCGACUGCUUUCUCCCAAUGCGCAACGAUCGACAUCGAAGAGAAGUUCUACAAGCCGCCAUUAGACUCGGACAAGUUAAUGGAGUUAGUCGAUAUUCUGGAUGACGAUAUGCUGAGCCGCAUGGCACCGAUACUGAUUAAAGGUUGCCCCAACACUUACAUAUUUACGAAAGCAGUCGGUGAAGAUGUGGCACGCCGUUAUGGUAAUGGCCUUCCAGUUUGCGUAGUAAGACCAUCGAUUGUCACAUCCACUGCCCAAGAUCCUGUGCCAGGCUGGACGAACAACUUGAACGGGGCUACGGGAAUUGUUUUUGGAGCAGCAAUAGGCAUACUUCGUACUUUGCAUUGCAAUAGCACGAAUAAAGCGGAUAUCGUUCCAGCGGACUUCGUCAUUAACGGCAUUAUCGCGGCAGCGUGGGACAUCGCGGAGUCUAAGGACAAGAACGCAAAUACGGUCAUCACCACAACGGAAACAGCUGACUCGAGGGUUGAUGAGCCGUUAAUCUACAACUGCGUGUCCUCGCCUCGUAAUCCCAUUACUUGGGCUGAAUUUAUGGAAAAAAACGAGGUUAAUCUAUUUCCAAUUCCCAGUAUAUCGAUCAUGUGGUACUACUGCUUUACCUUGAACAGUUACUGGUGGAUGAACACUAUAUACACAUUUUUCCUACAUCUAAUCCCGGCUGUUAUAGUUGACAGCCUUGCGUAUAUUACGGGUCGACAGCCAAUGCUCCUGACAACCUAUAAAAAGAUACAUAAAUUCAGUGACGUCAUCUCGCACUUCGCGAAUAAUGAGUGGCGAUUUUCGGACAACAACUUCGCCAACCUCUGGUGGAAACUUUCACCGAUCGACCAAGACAUAUUUUUCUUCAACAUUAAGAAUCUUAACUGGGAUGAAUACUUUUUCAAUCAUGCCAGUGGUAUGCGAACGUAUCUUUUUAAGGACGUUCCAAGUACCUUAACGUCAGCGCGGGUGAAGCUUACCAGGUUGAAGAUUGCUCAUUAUACUAUUAUGGGUUUGAUGCUUAUUUUGGUAGCUCUGCUGUUUACAUACUUGUUAAGCUACUUUAUUUCUUGGUAUCCAGCGCAAACAAUUGACCACGAGCUGUGGUAAUGCAUUUGGAAAUUCAGCUUUACGAGUACUUGAAGAGGAAUGGGUAACAAUAGUUGUAUUCGACUACUCUUUGAAAGACUUCGGCUGUGCCAAAAUCGUUGUAAUACCAUAAUCGCAAUCAUUAUGAUAUAUUAGCAUAAUCAUAGUUAUAAUAAUAUUAUAAUCCAUUAAAAUCCAUAAUAUUAUAAUUUUGUUACCAUUAAGUACAUUACAAAACCAUUUUAGUCAUGCCUACGUUAGACUUUUUAUAUGGCGUUUGCCCAUUGCAGAACUAUAAAUCUAUGUAAACGAUAGCAUUUAUUUUUUAGUACAUUAAUUAACCACGAAAUAUAUGGAGUGGACAUUUA